AUACGGUAUGGGGGUCGGCCCCGGCCCGUCGCGGGUCGGCGACGGUCCACACACCGUGCCGCCCCCUACCGUCUCCGUCUUCUCCGUCCGAAAAGGGACGUUGGCGACGACGCAAAGAUGUGGGCCCCCCUAUUAAAAUAUGACCGUUAAUAAUAAAAAAAAAAUUAAAUUUCUAUUUUUUGAAUAAAGCCAAACGGCUAGAUUUUUAAAAUAUAUAAAUUAAACCCCCAUUUUCACUAUCAAACACCAAAUUAACUUCCACAAUUCACCAUUUUCUCCUAUAAUUUUUACACUCUCUUCCACUACACUCUCAACCUUCUUCCACAUAAUUUUCAUGGAUCCGUUCAACAACCCCGAUACUCCCAACACGCCUUCGAACAACCCGAAUACUCCCACCAAUCCGACCCAACCAAAUGUUUUUUCGGUUCCGGGGUAUUAUCCAACGCUAGAACCGAACCAAUUCUCCCAAUUUUCAUCGAACGCUUUUGCGUCAUUCCAACAAUCGCCCAACCAAUUCACUCAAAUCUCCCAAAAUCAAGCUCUUCAACAAAUGAUGAUGCGGGGUGCUUGGAACUUUCCACCCGUUCAACCUCAACCGAUCCCCACACCCCCCGUUCAACCCCAACCGAUCCCCACACCCCCCGUUCAAUCCGAACCCGAAGAUGAUGUGGAGAUUGUGCCCGAAACCCAACCGCCAAAAGGGAAAGGAAAACGAAACAAAGGGAAACAAGUAGCGGGUGAUCAAGCGUCGAAACCGAAGGCGAUUAAAUGGACCCCAAUCGAAGAAGAAGCAUUAGCCAAGGCUUUCCUUGGCACUUCCGACAACCCGGUAAAAGGUAACAAUCAACCGGGUGACGGGUUUUGGUCCAAAGUAUUGACCAAGUUUCUCGCCAUGAUGGACCAAGGCCCGUAUAGAGAUAUCGACUCGGUUUCCUCGAAGUGGCGAAAAUUGAACUCGGCCAUUAAUCGGUUUUGCGAGGAGUAUAACAAAUUAUAUACAAGUGACCGUCGUAGCGGGUGGAACGACGAGGAUGUGUUCAAAAUGGCAUUGCAAAAGUAUAAGCAAAAUCAUGGUUCCAACUUUCCUCACGUUCGCGCGUGGAUGGUUGUAAAAGACGACCCAAAAUGGUCGCCCAUUCCUAACGAGGUGGCGAUGGCGAAACGCCAAAAAACAUCGGAAACGGGUAGUUUAAGCGCCGGUGGGUCGGACGCGAGGUGUCACAUUAACUUAAAUGAUGACGCCGACUAUGACGAAGACGAGUAUAACGUACGUGAACCCGACCGUCCACCGGGCCGAGACAAAACAAAAAAGGAGCGGGCCAAGGGAAAAGGAAAGGAAACGGUGGACCCGAACAUGGUUGAGUUUAUGGAACACCUAAAAGUGUACAACGACAUAUCGGCCCAAAAGUCGAAGACGAAGGAGCGGGCCGUCGAAGAAAAAAGCCGUGCAUCGGACGAGAAGUUAAAAGAAAAGGUCCGAUUGUCGAAUGAGAAAAUCCGAAUCUCCGAUGAAAAAAUUCGGCUUAAGGAAUGGGAAAUAAUGAUGAUUAAUGUCGAGAACGAACCCGAGCCGAGACGUUCGAUGUUGAAAAAACUACAAGACGACAUCAUGAAAAAGCAUCAAAUUAUUUAACUUUAUGUUUAUUUUUAUUAAGUCUUUU